GGUUAAAACAGCAAAAUUUCCUGUUCUCAGUUAUGGGACUUAUGCUUGAAACUUCUUAAAUUUCUGUUCUUGUACACAUGUUUAAACUAAUGGGCAAAAUACAUCAAAAGCUCAGAACUCAACUUCCGGUCCCAGGCUCUUUGGCAGCCUCGGGUUACAGUGUAGACAUGGCCAAGUCCAAGAACCACACCACACACAACCAGUCCCAAAAGUGGCACAGAAAUGGCAUCAAGAAACCCCUAUCACAAAGAUACGAAUCUCUUAAGGGGGUGAACCCCAAGGUCCUGAGGAACAUGCGCUUUGCCAAGAAGCACAACAAGAAGGGCCUGAAGAAGAUGCAGGGCAACAAUGCCAAGGCCAUGAGUGCACGUGCUGAAGCUAUCAAGGCCCUCAUAAAGCCCAAGGAGGUUAAGGCUACGAUCCUAAAGGGCAUGAACCGCAAGCUCAGUCACCUUGCCAACACUGCCCACCCCAAGAUUGGGAAGUGUGCUCGUGAGCCCAGUGCCAAGGGUCUCAGGCUCUGCCCACCAAAGGCCAAAGUUCAAACCAAGGCCCAGUCCACGUCUUCAGCUGCAGCACCAGCUUCAGUUCCAGCUCCAGCUCAGGCUCCCAAAGGUGCCCAGGCCCCCGAGAAGGCUCCAGAGUAGAGGCCUCUGUCUGCCAACACGAGGACAGAAGGAGUGUGACCCCUGGGCUGCUGUUGCAUGGGGCUGGCGUCCUCCUGUACUAUUUGUAUGAAUAAACCUGAGGUAGGAUUAAAAAAAAAAGUUCAGAACUCAAAGGGUCCAUCUGCCACUAUAGAGUUAAAAUGAAAAGUUUGUUAAAGUGUCUAUCUUUUGCCUGCUGAAGCUGUGUUUGCUAAGUUACAGGUGUUAAGAUAAAGCUGUCUGUGUCUAUGUUAUCAAAAAUUCAAGGUCACUUGAAACAACUAGUUCUAGCAACAAUGUAAACACUAAGAACUCAUUAAAACUAAACUUUGGGGAAAGAGAUUUAUACCCACGUGACUUCCCCACCCCCUCUCAGUGCUUACUU